AUGGAGAAACCGUUCACGAUCGCAAGUAUGCGCGAAAUGGAGAAUGCCACUUCGUUGCAGUCCCUGGAGGCUCGAGAUCUCAAGGAUGAGUCUGAGUCCAAAGAUCCCCUGAAUCCCAGGAACUGGAGCUCAUCGAGGAAAACGUUGCUCUUCAUAUCAUUAAUGACCAGUUCAUUGCUGGCAGAUGGCGCAAUGGUCUGGGGCUCGACUCUGAUCACGGAGCAAGCCAUGGAUUGGGACAUUAGUAUCACCCAUUCAGCGACAAGUAUGAACUACGGCAUCCUGCUCCAGGGCUUUGGGGGUAUCUUUGCGGUGCCUCUUAUUGAAGCCUAUGGUCGUCUGCCGAUCUGGCUAUGGCCUCAGGUGAUCACCAUGUUCAUGGUUUUGGGCGCGACUCUUUCCAAUGAUUGGUCUACUUUCACGACCUUCCGAUCCCUGCAAGGUCUGUUUGGAACUGUACCUCAGGUUAUUGGGUUGCCUAUCAUUCAUGAUAUGUACACCUCGGCUGAAUGGCCGCGUAUGAUCAAUAUCUGGGGAACUACCUUUCUAGUCGGCCCCUUCCUCGGUCCUGCCAUAGCAGGAUACAUCGGUGCUGGAACAGAUUGGCGCACCUCCUUUGGUGUACUUACAGCGAUCUAUGGCGUGUCCACGGCUAUGGUCAUCUUAUUUGGUUAUGAAACAUAUUAUAGGCAUGAUCAAAGAGGCAGUCCGUCGCGCCUUGCUUCUUACUUUGGCAUCGGAAAUACUACACUCCCCAAGGUAUCGACGUUGACAUACUGGUGUCGAAUGGUUGUGGUCUAUAUCUUCAAGUUUCCAUUGCUGAUGACUGGCUUCGCCAUAUUGGUGACAUUUACAUGGCCCAUUGGAAUUACAACCACUAUCGAUAGUUUCUUGCACAGCCCGCCUUAUCUCUUUGACACCAUUGAAGCGUCAUCUAUGCGAUUUGCUGGUGUCAUCGGGGCUCUCUGUGGGUGGGCCUUUGGUCACUUCUUCAAUGGCUGGAUCUUCAAACGACACAGCAAUACCUGGCGAACAGAGCUUCGUCUCCACGGUGUUUGGUUCCCAAUUGCCAGCAUGGCUUGUGGUCUCUUGACAUACGGACUCACCAUGCACUUCGGCAAGCACUGGAUAGGUUUGGCAUUCGGCUGGAUCAUGGUGAAUAUCGGCAUGGUAGCGACUAUUGUUGCCAUUUCUGCCUAUGCAUUAGAGAAAUACCCCGAGCAAUCGACCUGUGUCUCAGCGAUUCUGAACAUGUGGCGUACCUGCGGCGGAUUCGCAGUGGGAUACUUCCAGCCAGCCUGGAUCAUACGCAAUGGACUCGGCUUGGUCUUUGGAAUUCAGGCUGCUGUUUUAUGUGUCGCUAUUGUCUUGACAAUUACUCCUGUUUUCCUGUGGGAGCGCAAGAGGCGCAUGCAAGCUCAAGAAGCAUAA